GUCGAGAAUGGUGAGAUGCCAGCACCCCGCGAGCAGCAGCCCGGAGCAGGCAGAGGGAGCAGUCUCACCGGGUGGAAGGUACUGCCCGUCCGUUGGGCAACAGGAUCGCCGAUCUCCCACUGGCGGAGCUGGGAUUUCCGAGAACGAGGAUCAGCUGUUCCGCGCUGUGGAGGGCCAGGCCGCCUCUGAUGAAGAGGAGGAGAAGUGGGCCGGGGACCAGCCAUCCCAGGUGGACCAAAUGAAGAACAAGCUCCCUUGUUGUGGCAGCGGAUGCGAUGAAAAAAUGUGGAAAAAGCUGCUGUCUUACUUGGAGACCAAUAGUGAUGGCUACGGCACAGCCCCUGCGGAGCUCACCGAGAGGAUCGCGCAGCUGACGGACCAGCUCGAGCUUAAAGGGCAUGAAGUGAAGAAGCUGGAAACAAAUAUGGGAGAGAUGAAAGGCCCAUUGCUAGGUGAACGGCAGCAAAAGGCGGAGGAGACCGAACUGCUGAAGGUGGAGCUGCAGAUGUUGGAGACUGAGAGAGUUAGGCUGUCACUGGUGGAAGAAAAGCUCGUGGAUGUUUUACAGCUUCUUCAACAACUUCGAGACUUGAACAUAUCUAAGCGAGCCUUGGGGAAAAUCUUGCUGAGCACUUUGGAAUCCUGCCGUGACCCCCAACCUGGAAAAGCUCACCUGUUUGAAGUCCUAGACACUCUUUACCACGAGCUGUCGGCCUGUGAACUCUUACACAGCCAGCCUCUGGAGAAGGCACAGCGUCGCCAGUCCCUGUCCAACCCUCUGGUCAUAUCGUGCUGA